AUGAACAUUGUCAAAACACACCUGCAGAAGUGCCAGCCAUAUUACGCCGUGCCUUCACAGUUCCAUUUACUUGAUGAGCUCCCGGUGACCUCCAACGGCAAGAUCAACAAGCAGUUGCUUAAGGAGUCAAUCUCUGACACCAGGCCACUGGUCGUUGAGAAGGCCAGCUCUACUGCGGACCUGCCCUUACCGCCAAGCCUCCAAAAAGCAAUAUCCGAUACAGCCGACACUACUUUGUGCAAUCGGUCAAAUUCGAGCUUUGUAGACGAGAAGCCCGACCUCGACUGGGAGGCUGCCGUACCCGAUAAGCGCGAAGCCGUUGGCCACGCCACCGCUGUCAACCUCACAAUCGCAGUUCUCAUAAGACAGGAACUUGUCAUCAAUGCCAUUUACACGGUAGCAUGCAGUGUUCCCAAGUCAUGGCCUCUUUGGAUUCGCAGACGUGCCGCUCGGGUCUUCCAUCUUGGUGGCGUUCAUUCUGGGGCUGGCGUCAGUGCAGCGCUUUGGAUGUUUGCGAACACGACCGGCGACACAGCGUGCAUGACGCUGGGUACUUGCGGUGGACACUGGGGGAAACCUUCCGUUGCUGUAAAGGUCAUCACAUGGAUCAUCGCCGCUCUUUUCGUUGCCAUGAUGGCUAUGGCCUACCCGACGGUGCGCAAGGCGCAUCACAACAGGUUUGAGGUUGUUCACCGAUUUGUGGGCUGGACUGUGCUUGGCCUCUUCUGGGCUCAAGUGGUGCUCACCGCCAAUGACACAAAAGCCACAGAUGUUUCCCUUGGAACUGCCGCAGUGAGGACGCCCGCGCUGUGGCUCCUGGUUGUUGCUACGCUCAGCGUCGCCUCGUCUUGGUUCUGGCUCAGGAAGGUCUCCGUCAGGGCCGAGGCUCUGUCCAAACACGCGGUCCGCCUGCUCUUUGAUUACACGGUUCCGGUAAACGGCUCAUUCACACGACUGUCUCAUACACCGCUUCUCGAAUGGCACUCUUUUGCCACCAUCCCUGCUCCCGAGGCUGUUGAUGGCAAACCCAAAGGCUACUCCCUGGUCGUCUCCAAUGCCGGCGACUGGACUCGCGCUAUGAUCGAACAACCCCGCCCUUAUAUCUGGGUGCGUGGCGUGCCUACUUGUGGUGUCAUGCGCAUUGCGACAUUGUUCAAUCGUCUCGUCAUCGUCGCCACCGGUUCUGGCAUCGGCCCCCAGCUCGGACACAUUCUCAGCCCAUCAUGCCCGACCAAGCUCAUCUGGUCGACUAAGGAUCCCGAAAACACAUUCGGCAAGUCCAUGUGCCAACUACUCAAGUCCAAGUGUCCUGACGCUGUAAUCUGGGACACCCGCACCCAAGGCCGCCCUGACCUCGUCUGUUGUGCCAAUGGCGCGUCCAAGGAAUAA